AUGCCUGCUAACGGAAAUGCUGCUCGGUCUGCUCUCCCGAAAGGGCACUUCCUCUUCACUUCCGAGUCUGUUGGUGAAGGACACCCUGACAAAAUAUGUGACCAGGUCUCCGACGCCAUCCUUGAUGCCUGCCUUGAACAAGACCCAUGGUCCAAGGUUGCUUGCGAAACUGCUUCCAAGACGGGUAUGAUCAUGGUCUUUGGUGAAAUCACCACCAAGGCCAGCCUCGACUACCAACAAAUCAUCCGUAACACUAUCAAGGACAUUGGUUAUGAUGACUCCUCGAAGGGUUUCGACUACAAGACUUGCAACAUUCUUGUUGCUAUUGAGCAGCAAUCACCCGAUAUUGCUCAGGGUUUGGAUCAUGGUGACCUCGAGAGCCACGGUGCUGGUGACCAGGGCAUAAUGUUCGGCUACGCAACCGACGAGACUGCAGACUACAUGCCCUUGACGGUUAGUCUGGCGCACGCGCUCAACCGAGCGAUGGCCAAUGCUCGUCGUGAUAAAACCAUUCCGUGGCUUCGUCCUGACACCAAGACCCAAGUGACGAUUGAGUACAAAAAGGAUGGUGGUGCUACUAUCCCCCUCCGUGUCGACACCGUCGUUAUCUCUGCUCAGCACGCAGAAGAGGUGACUCUGGUCGAGUUGCAGAAAGAGCUCCUUGAGAAGGUCAUUAAGAAGACCAUCCCGGCUCACCUGCUUGAUAACCGAACAAUCUACCAUAUUAACCCCAGCGGUCGCUUUGUCAUUGGUGGACCUCAGGGAGAUGCUGGUCUGACUGGUCGUAAGAUCAUUGUCGACAGCUACGGUGGCUGGGGAGCACACGGCGGUGGUGCUUUCUCCGGGAAAGACUUCUCCAAGGUCGAUCGUUCAGCGGCGUACACUUCCCGGUGGAUUGCCAAGUCCCUGGUUGCUGCUGGCCUUGCACGCAGAUGUCUUGUUCAAGUAUCGUACGCUAUUGGUGUUGCUGAGGCUUUAUCGGUUUACGUUGAUACCUACGGAACCGGUAAGAAGUCAGAUGAAGAGCUCGUUGAGGUCAUUCGCAAGAAUUUCGAUCUCCGACCUGGUGUUAUGGUUCGUGAACUUCAGCUUCAGCGACCACAAUACCGACAGACCGCUUGCUAUGGUCACUUUGGUAACCCCAGCUACUCUUGGGAGAAGCCCAAACAGCUCAACCUCUAG